UUUGUUUACCUAAAGAUACACAUGUCCGAAACAAAUAAAGAAGUGGAUGACUGCAAUGCGGAGUUGGAUGUGGGCAGUGAGCAUUUCAAUUCGCUGCGUGCGCUAUACACUGCCGACUUUAAGGUCACAGAGAGGGCGCCGAAAGUCCUGUAUCAAAAUCUUGCCGCAUUUGAGAGUGCUCUUGUAAAAGUCGGCGUUUGGCAAUUGAAUAAACGACCCAAAAACAAUGAACAACCGAAUACAGCAAAUACCAAAAAUCCUUUCAGCUCAACCUCGAAUGCUGCGACAUCGAGUGAACGACGUUUUCAGCCGCAUCAAAUGCCCGUGGAAGGAGUGCAGAAAACAAAAUACCACCGGAAUCUUUUCACCCAUAUGGCCAGUGCAGAAGGCCCCUUGGCAUAUCUUCAAAAAUGUUUACCCGGCAAGGAGAACCGAGAUGUAGCGCGCCUACGAGUUUAUAUGCGCAAGGAGCAUGCCAUCGGUGGCCGUAUUGAGGGUGACCUUGUGGCCUUUGACAAACAAUGGAACAUCUUGCUUAAAAACGCAGUUGAAGUCUGGCAGCGUCGCAAAUAUAAAUUUGGCAAGCAAAAUAUUUGUGGCACAGGUGAAACAGGAGAAUGCAGCAAUCGACUUCAACGGAUGGGAAUCACAUUGCCUGAGGUUGACGUGAAAAGCUUAAAUCGUAAGAACGUGCAGCUGCGUCGUAAACUGCCGCAAUUGAUGAUUCGCGGAGAAAACAUAGCUUUAAUUACAUUUAUUAGCAAGUCAAAAGAGUAAAAUUUGAAUUCUUCCAUAUGCAAAUUGUCUUUUUUUGUUUCUAUAGUAC